GACGGAUGGUCGCAGUAUCACUUUGUAGCCUCAUCUUCAACGAUAGAAAGGGAUCGGCAAAGACCGUACUCCUCAUCACGCACGCCCUCCAUCUCUCCCGUGCGCAUGUCUCCUAACAACCGCUCAGCAAGUGCCCCAGCCUCACCUCGGGAAAUGAUCAGCCUAAAAGAAAGGAAAACAGACUAUGAAUCAACUGGAACAAACGCCACUUACCAUGGAAGUAAGGGAGAACACACUUCUAGGAAAGACACCAUGACAGCUCAGAACACUGGAAUCUCAACUUUGUACCGGAAUUCCUAUGGUGCACCUGCUGAAGAUAUCAAACAUAACCAGGUUUCAACACAGCCAGUUCCACAGGAGCCCAGCAGAAAAGAUUACGAACCGUAUCAGCCGUUUCAAAAUUCCACGAGAAACUAUGAUGAGUCCUUCUUUGAGGACCAAGUGCAUCAUCGUCCACCUGCAAGCGAAUACAACAUGCACCUGGGACUAAAGUCAACUGGCAACUACGUCGACUUCUAUUCAGCUGCUCGUCCCUAUAGUGAACUUAACUAUGAAACAAGCCACUAUCCAGCCUCUCCCGACUCCUGGGUUUGAGACUUGGGCAGAUACAAAAGCUCCAGGAACUGUGCAUGUGCAUGCAUACCACAAGACAUUUUUUUUCCUGCAAAUUUAGUUUGUUAAAGCCUGUUCCAUAGGAAGGCCCAGAUAACCAGUAUGGAAAAAAAUAAGAGAAUUUUUUAGAAGGCUAAAAGAUACGAAAGCUAAUCCUGGGAGUAAUUAGAAAGAAAUAUAUAUACAUAUAUAUAUAUAUUUUACAGUGUGGGGCAACUUUACUGUUGGCCUGUGGAGUCUAAAGUUCGGUGCUGUGUAUUGAAUGUGGCUGAAGGAAGGAGGGAGAACAUGAGAGUGGAUGUGGGUCAAGAGUUAAGCACAAGUAACUGAGCAGCGUACAUACUUUAUGGGGAACAGCUUCUCACACUUUGUUUAAUAUCCUCAUUCAUUGUGAAUCUAGGCUUCAAGUUGCAUUUGGGGUUUCCUCUGUACAGCAAGAUGUUUCUUGCCUUUUGUUAAUGCAUUGUUGUAAAGUAUUUGAUGUACAUUACAGAUAAAAAAGAAAAAAAGUGCAUUGUGUAUAUUACACCAAUGCCACAGUGUUUCUUCAUCUAUGGUUCUAAAUAUUGCUUCAAUUUCAAAUUUUGAAAGAUGUAUGAAUUUCCAGGUUUUUGUUUUCUUUUCCCCGGUGCGUUUUAACAAAAAAAAAAAAAUCAAAAAAAUCAAAAAAAAAAACCAAAAAGGAAUAUUUAGCAGUAUUGUUCGUUCUGAUAUGUGAAUUUGUUUGUGGCAACUAAAAGAAAAAAAGGCAUUCAGCAGUUUCUGACAAUUAACAUUCAUCAUUCCACACUCCUUGUCAACGAAGUGCUUUUUCACUGCCUAAAAUUUUAGAUGUAGAUAUUUGAAAUAGAUUUUUUUCAUUUAUACCAGUUUUCUUUAUGAUGAUACAGUGUUAAAAGAAAAUAAAUUACAAUUGAUCUGUCA